AUGGAUCCCAUGAAGGCACAGCAGCUGGCGGCGGAGCUGGAGGUGGAAAUGAUGGCGGACAUGUACAACCGGUAAAACACGCUAACCAUGAAGCCUGCUGUGUCUGUCAGCUAUAUACCCUCAUGAUUUCUUUCACUGUAUGGAUUAAACCAUCUUCAUGAGGUGUUGAAAAGACAGAUACAGAAGAGCUAAGAUUAGUGACGACGUUUCAGUACCACUACUUCAUCUCAGUUACAAUAAUGACCAGUUAUUAGAUUAAAGUCAUACAUGUGACUGGAGUGCAGUGAUGCUGAGACUGUGCAGCUGUGUUCAAAUACCUCAUACUACAAUGAGAUCUUUUGACUGUGUAUCUUAUUUUUAAAACUCAUACAAUUCAUUCAAGCUAAAAACAUAUAGCAUGACAAUGAACCAGUUAAACUUAAGCUAAAUUUAGCAUAUUUUAAUGACACACUGAAGCUCGUUUAAAGCUUAAAUAACUAUUAGCAACGAUUGCAGACCUCUAAAAUUCCCACCAAGAAGACCAAAAACAUUAACUAUUUAAUAAUGUCUCAAACAGCCACAGUACAGAAGAUUUAUGCACACCUACAAGUUGAUCUCCCUCCAGCUUGUUGAACCUCUAAUUGAUAAUCAAGAUCAAACAUAAAAACAUUGAGUAUGAAUUUGAAAAAGAAGUUCAAGACUCAUGGAAACAAUUAUGUAAUGUGAAUUAAACAAACAGGAAUAGAAAAGAUGAAAUGUCUUCAGUCUCAGUUGUACCUCAGUGCUUCCUUCUUCUCAAGUUUUAACAAUGCCUUCUGUUACAUUGUUAUAACUAUUAUGAUUGUUGCUAUUGUUAUUAACAGUCACUCAGGUUUGAAUAUUUUACUCUGUGUACCUCUUUAUCACUGCUGCCAGAAACCAACCUAACCUUCAUCCUGAUCUAAGCUUAGUUAAGUUUUAAAAUGCCUCAUCAGUUAAACUAUUCUUGAAUUCAAUUGAUUGAAGAAAAGCUUUUUUUUUAAGAUGAAGUAUAUCUUUUUCAGGGGUUCUUCCUUCCUUGCAAAUUAAAGACCAGACUGGUUCAUAUGGACAGAGAGCAGGAACAGUAUUAAUGCUGUAUAAAUGUGUGCUCUGACUCUCUGUGUAUCCAUACUAAAGGUUAUUUUCAGUAGUGCAGGCUGAACUGAGAUCAGGGUAACUCCAGAAUUGAUUGUGAGUAAUUGUGGGUAUGAAAGAGAGACUGUGGCAAUCAAAGGGACUUCAGCUUGUGUUUAAGGACAGAUCUUUAGAUUUUGACAUGCUGGAUAUUUUGAUUAAUCUCAGAUGUUUUUAAAAUAUCAAUGUUAGCUUUACUCAUUUAAGUGGCUGGUGAUAGACAAGAGUGAACUGGCAUGCUGGACACCAAAUCUCAGAAACUCUGAGGUAUGAAUGUAAUAUAGAAAUGGUAACUCACAUCAUACUUAUAAAAUUUACAGUUUACUUUACACUGAGAACACAGAUAAGAAAUGGGUUUUAAGACGCAUAUAAAGGUUUUUUUAUUUUUCCCUCUUUUCUCCAGUCUUCACUGGGACUAAAGCUGCAAUAACUUACUGAGAAAUCAGUAAUUUUAAUAAGGAAAACUUAAUUUCUCAUGACAUUGUGGAUAAUAAUGUUAAAAACAACUACAGAUCUGCAACAUUAUCUCAUUUCUGACAACAACAUCAGUUUAGAUAUAUGGUUACAUCACCUUGACUCAAGGACACUGAUACUUUUCAAAAAGAAAAAAACAGGUCUUUAUAUUGAAAGAUUAUUUUUACUUUUUACUUAUUAAAUUUCCCAAUUCUCUCAAUCACAUAUAGACUUUAAAAAACCAAAUCAGGUACACAUAAUUGCAAUUCCAGUCCAAACAUUCAGAGACAUUUGAUUCCAGCAGAUGGAACUGUGCAAUGACUUUGCCACGUUCGAAGAUUAAACAGACACAUCAUCGAGAAGCUUUGUUUUACUAAAACUACCCACUAAUAGUGUUUACCAAUAUUUGUUUUAAGGCCUGUCCACUGUUUUCCCUCUCUUCCAGAAUGACCAAUGCUUGUCACAGGAAGUGCGUACCGCCACAUUACAAGGAGGCAGAGCUGACGAAGGGUGAAUCAGUGUGCCUGGACCGCUGCGUAGCCAAAUACCUGGACCUCCAUGAGAAGCUAGGACGCAAGCUGACAGAGCUCUCCGUCCAGGAUGAGGAGAUGAUGAGGAAGGCAGCCGUUGGCAGCGGAUAG